AUGCGAGAGCUGAGGCUGAACUCCUGCAGGUCGCCCAUCAAGCAGCGCCGCAGCCGGGAGCAGAACACACGAAGAGCCGAGGAAACCAAAACACACAGACAGGAGGCGCUGUGUCUUCUCCUCAGUAAACUGUCUGUCCUGGAGCAGCUGAGAGACGAAGCUGAUGAGACGGGAAGACAGAUGGACAGACAGACGGAGGAGAGAAGGAGGACAGAGAGAGAGACAGAAGAGCUGGAGACACAGCUGCUGACACUGGACACAUCAGACCCACAACAUGCCCAUGUGACCGCUCUGUUGUCUGGCUGCCGACAGCUGUUGGACAGGAUGAGCAGGAGGCAGAGCGAGCUAGAGGGUCGCCUCGACGACAUGCUGUCACGCAUCGCCAUGGAGACGCAGGAGAUCAAAGAGCUGGAGCAACAACUGACUGACGGUCAGAUUUUGGCGAAUGAAGUUCUUCAGAGGGAUUUGGAGGGAAUUAUCUCUGGACUUCAGGAGUAUCUGAGAGGACUCAGAGAUCAGGCUCGUCGAUCUCAGCAGCAGGUUGACAGUCUGCAGGCUGAGAACCAGAGUCUGCAGCUCCACCUGGAGGACAGUCAGAGACACUGCAGGCAGCUGGAGGACAGAGCCAGGACACACACACAGGACAUGUCCGUCCAGCAGGAGGAGCUGUCUGUGCUGAGGACGGAGGCUCACGCUCUGAGAGACAGACAGGUGGAGAGCAGCAGACAGCAGGAGGAGCUGGAGGUGGAGCUACAGCAGCUGAGGGAGGAGCUAGCUAGACAGGUCACACUGGGACAGCUGGAGCGGGGUGCUCUGCUGGCAGCUGUAGACAAAGAGAAACAGAGCACAGAGAUCAGAGAGUGUCAGUUACAGGCGACCAUCGACACACUGCAGGAUGAGAAAUCAUCUCUGCAGCAGAUCACCCUCAGACUUCAAGCCCAGCUGGACCAGACCAGGACCCAGUAUACAGAAACCAGGGACCACCUAGACCAGACCAGACUUCAGCUGGACCGGUUUACAGCGGCCAUGUUGGAUCCUCAGGAGGUUCAGAGUGGACCAGAUGAUCUGGAUGAGGACAAGUACAGUCCACACGACUCGGUCCUGUUCCCCGUCAGUCCUAUGAGUCCUGAACUCAUGUUGUCCAGAAGUGUGGAGCAGCUGUACCGGACCCUCCAGCAGACCAGGACCAGCACGGAGCAGCUCCAACGAGACCUCCACCACAGCCGAGAACAGAUAGCCAGGCUGCAGACCCAGCUAGCCCAAGACCAGGACCACAUAGCCCAGCUAGAAGCCCGACUCGAGGCCCAGGACCAGGUGGCCCAAAGUGUGGAGAGGGAUGAGGAGUCAGACUGGAGACUGAAGGAGGAGCUACAGAGGUCUCACAGCAGAAACAGACUCAUUCAUCAGAACCUGGAGUCGCAGUUGGAGCAGAGUCGUCUGCAGCUUCAGGACGUCCAGCAGCACAGAGACACUCUGCUGCAGCAGCUGCGUUCACUGAGCGACGGUCACCAGAGGAGCCUCGGGCGCCUGAACAGGAAACUCCGGCAGCUCAGCAGGUUCAUGUGUGACUCUGACAAGCUGACGGCAGAACAGAUGACGUCGACCAUCGAACAGCUGAGAGCUCUGAACCACACGGUGGAGCUGCUGCACACACAGAAAACUGUGGACGAGCUCGAUGGCAGCUCUCACCCGGCUGAACACACACACACAGUGGAGGAGCUGAGGGCCGAGCUGGCCGAAGCUCAGAGACACACACACAGACUGAGACAGCAGCUGGACCAGAUCCGGACCAGGACUCGGUCCAGGACAGGGAUCAGGACCAGAGAGGGAGGACAGUGGUGCUACGUACCUCCUGCACACAGUGCUCCCAGUCUGGCUUCUCAGGGGACUCAGGAUUCUGGUUUGGGGCUGCAGUUCCUCAGAUCUCCUGACAGGGGGCGACAGCAGGACAGACCUCCUGCAGGAGGAGGGUACUGGGUCUACAUACCCCCAACACACACCGACUCUGACACAGCAGCAGCUGCUGAGUGGAGGGACAGCGGAGGAGGCAGUGAUGCUGACAGGAGCUCCAGAGGACGGACUCCUCCUCCUCCUCCUGACCCAGCUGCAGGUCUCUCUGCUGGGCUCUCUGACGGUCACACCCCCCUGGUUGGACCCGCCUGGUUGCUGUGUGGUUCACCUGCAGCUGUUGUUUACAGUCCUCCAGCAGGGGGCUCUGCUCUGCACUGUAACAUCCCAGAGCACCAAGACAGGGGGGAAAAGUGUGUGUGUGAGUGUGUGCACAGAGACGCAGAGAGACUGGAGGAAGAGAGGAAGAAACUACGACUGGAAACCAAAAAGUUUCGACACACACUGAGACGACACAGGAGUGUGGUGCAGGUGUGUGAUGAGGUGGAGUGUGUGGAGGAAACUCUGCUGAAGAGACGAGCUGAACUGCGUCAGGCUGACCAACUGUUGCUGGAGGCUCAGAGCUGCAUACACACCACCAGAGACAAGGCCAGCUUAGCUCAGUGGGAGGCAGAUGAGUUCCAGCGCAGAGCUCAGGACAGUGCCUCCUGUCUGCUGGAGGCCAAGCAGCACGUCAGAGAGCUGCAGGAGGAGGUGGGGGAUCUUAGGAGGAGGAGGGAGAAGGAGGAGCUCACUCUGAGGGAGGUGAAGGAGGCGCUGAGGAGCAGAGAUCAGGAGCUCCAACAGCUCGGAACAAAAACACACUCAGCUACAGACAGCCUAAAGAAUGUGCUGUCAGACUGUCAGGAGGCCCAGAAGUGUCUGGACUCGGUCAACAGUCAGGUGGAGCAGCAGGAGCAGAGGUUGGUUCAGAGGAGGGAGGAGCAUCAGGCGGCUCUGAACAGAGUGAGGGAGGUCAGAGAGGAGGAGCAACGACUGCAGAGCACAGCCAAGGAGCUGUUGGAGCAGCAGGAGGAGCUGUUGAUUCAGAAGAGGUCUACUGUUUCAGCUCUGAGAGAGGAGGAGCAGAAACUCCUCUCACUGCAGUCUGAAGUCAGCACACACAGAGCAGAGCUGAAACAGGUUCUUCAGGAGCUGUUCUUAGAGCAGCAGGCGCUGGAGGAAGUGAAAACCAAACGCACCCAGGUUCUCCAGCGGCUCCACAAGAAGAAGGAUGAACUGGACAGAACGAAGGAAGAGUUGGACAGGACGAUGGAUGAACUGGACAGGAAGCAGGACGAGGUGGACAGGAUGAGAGACGAGUUGGACGGGAUACUGGAGGAAGUGGCCAAGAGGAAGGACGAGGCGGAGAGGCAGCAGCAGGAGCUGGACAGGAAGAUGGAUGAACUGGACAAAAUGCAGGACAAAGUGGACAGGAAGAGGGGGGAGCUGACUGUGCUGCUACAGGAAGUUGAGUCCCACAGGAAAGAGGUGGAGUUAUGUCUCAAAAACACAAAACAACAGCGAACAGAACUGCAGGAGCUGCAGGAGGAGCUGAGGAGGAGAGGGGAGGAGAGAAGCAACCUGCAGGAGCAGUGUAAACACCUCGAGGCCAGACGGAGGCACGCCGACCGGUGUCUGUCAGUGGUUGAGGUGGAGCUUGCUAAAAAGAGGGAGGAGCACAACCAAGCCCAGCUUCUCAAAAAGGAAGUUGUCAGAGAUACAACAGCGACUCGGGAGCAACUCAAUGAGAGCGCUGAGCUGCUGUCUCUUCUCAGCGAACGUGUGGAGGAGAAGGAGAAAGAACUGCAGACUCUGGAACAGCAACUGAGUGAGUCCGGUCAGCAGCAGCAGCAGAAAGCAGAAGGACUGAAGGCGCUGGAGGUGAAGAUUCAACACAAACAGGCGCUGUGUGAUGAGCUGGACGAUGUUAAAGCUACAGUGUGUCAGUUGAAGGACAGGGGGCGCCACCUGACUGAACAACAGCUGCAGCUCAACCACCUCCGUGAGGAGGUGUUAGAGAGAGAGAAGCAGCUGCUCCACAAGGAGGAGGCGCUAAAACAUCAGAGGGCAGGCCUACAGGUGAGAGAGGAGGGGCUACUUCAGACAGAGGAGGAGCUACAAAAGAAAUAUGAGGAGCUUCGUGUGAAAGAGGAAGAAAUACACAAGAGACAGGAGGAGGAUCACAGCAGGGACGUGUUGUCAGAGGAGGAUGAGUCUUUCUACCUGUCUACAGCUGGUCUGAGAUCAGCCUUCAGUACUGAGGAGGAGAGGUGGAGGUCUGAGUUGCAGAGAGAAAAACUGAAACAACAAGAAGAUCGACUGAAGUCCAGUGACUCACAGCUGUGUUGUUUGACUGUCGAGGCUCAACUCCGCUGCCGUCUGUGGAACCAGCAGGAGAACCUGAGACGACUGGAGAGCCAGGAGACGACCGAGGGACUGAGACACAGACUGGACCAGCUGGACGCUCUGCUCACACACACACACACUGAUCAACAGCUGCUCAGGUGUGUUUCAUCAGGUCCACCUGCUCUGCGCUGAAGCUGCUUCAAGAUUCACACAGCAGUCAAUCAUCAUGUGACCUGAACAUCUGGAUGAAUCAGCUGAUCGAGAGCAGGACGAACUCCGCAAACGACAGAUCAGCUGAAGACUUCAUUAAAUGCUCCAUCCGUUCAGAUCCAGAUUCUCUGCUGAACCACUGGAGAAACGUCACGACAGGUUGUUGUUGGGACUAAAUACCAAGAGUGAAGUUUCACGUGACGACCAACAUCCUUCACCUGUGUGACUGUUAACGAACACUGAGCUCAGAUCGCAGUGUCAGACACCAGUUAGUUCAUCUUUACAUACUGGUGUUACUGGACUGUGACCUGCGGAUAAACUGUUUGUUAGACAACAUGGAUGAACUGUGAGUGUGAUGUCAGGACUGAAUAUUCCCACGGUCUGUGAACACACCGUGGGAGCACACUGGGAGCUGAAUUUAAAAUGAUCAAAAAUCUGAAUGAAUUCUCGUUUGUAUUUGAAGCUUUUAGUAAAAAUUUGUAAUGUUUAUCUGUGAAUUAAACACUUCCUGUUGAA